UAGUAUAUUUUUGAAAAUGGAUACCCAAAGUUGUGGCGUCUGCAGAGAUCACUUGACGGAAGGAGCCAAAUGUUCAGUGUGUCACUUGGUCCUACACUACCAAUGCGCGGGUGUCACCGAGACAGGCUUCAGGAAAUUGGGUGAUAGAAGACUCACUUGGAGGUGCGCUAAAUGUAAACAAUCAACUACUACCAGCGAACAAAAUUCGCCAAAGCUCGACACGGAAUCGCGUGUAUUAAAAGAAAUUAGGGCCAUAAGUGCAAAGUUGGCUCCUUUGGAAUUACUGGCAGAAGAUAUUAAGGCUCUUCGCUCAGAAUUUGCGCAGCUGCAAACCUCAGUAAUAGAGUCUAAUAAAACAAUAACGGAAUUCAAUAUAAAAAUCAAGGAUUUCGAGCAGCGUUUGGCUCAAGUGGAGAAGAUUCAAAACCAAGUUAACACCUUACAAGCCCAAAUAAAUAAGUCUGAGGAGGAAAUUAAUGCCAGAGAUCAGUGGUCACGAAUGAAUAAUCUUGAAAUCAAAGGCAUACCUCAAAAUAAUGGCGAAAACUUGUUCGACAUAUUAACAACCAUUGGAGCUAAAAUUCAGUAUCCCAUCACUAAGAACCAAAUCAACUUUAUCACAAGAGUACCAACACUUGUUAAGGACAACAUAAAACCAAUUAUUGUAUGCUUCAAUAACAGAUUUGUGAAAGAGGACUUUAUUGCAGCAGCCAGGAUUUCUUCUAAGUCGUCCGCAUUUACAGCUGCAUACUUUGGAUUACCAGGUCAGCGCAGAGUAUUCAUUAAUGACCACUUAACAGCAAAAAACAAGCUACUCCUAUCCAAAGCAAAGAAAGCCGCUGCCGUAAAGGAUUUCCGUUAUAUCUGGGUAAAGCAUGCAAAGAUACAUAUAAGAAAAAACGAUACCUCGCCUGUUCUUGUGAUAAAUUCAGAAAAAGACCUUACAAAAAUAAUUUAAUGCCUAUG